AUGAAAAAGACUGUAAGGGACCUACAGAAGAAUCUGGAAUGGUUUGAAGAUUUAAGGGAUAUAAAUACAUACAUGAGAAAUGAUGAAGCAAACUUGUACCUGAAAUUGGAUUCUUUGGCACAUAUGGAUGUUGUAGACGGAGACAUUGAAGCGUAUUUGUCAAAGGGGUUGCAUGCUUUGGAAAAUCUACUCCCUGAAAUAUCAAAUUCAUCCACAGAUUUUCGGGAAAAAUAUUUGUUGUCUAGUCCUUUUCUCCAGAAUAUUGUAAAAAUACUUGGUGAGAACAUCGCAAAUCUGCAAUCUAAAACUCGGGUACAAGCAUUCAAUACACUUUAUGCUCUAAAGAGUGAAAAAACCUCUCACUUUCUCAACCUACUUUAUCGCAGCAUCCAUACAGAUGAAAAUGUGAACUUAGGAGACAAAUUAUCCAUUUUAUCUCGACUAGUUCGUAUUUACAGUGUGAAGGAACUUGUGCCUAUGGUGCGAGAGCUAAUUGUGGAGUCCAUAUGUGAACCUAAAUUUACAUUUACGACUCCAAUCUUGUCGCUGUUAACAACUCUCAAUGGUGCAAACGUGGCAUGUACAAAUGAGCUAAUUUAUGAAGUCAUGAAGGUGAUAGAAGAUCAUGUAUACCAAAUGGAUCCUCCAACAUUAUUGGCUUUGCUCCAGAGUAUCUAUACUCUGAAAUAUGUGGACGAUGGCCUAGUUUGCCUGGCACUAGAAUCCCUCUUGUUCAAGUACAACUACAUGAAUAAUGAGGAGAAAAUGACUUUACUUUUGCAGAUACCACUGUUGAAGCAAUUAUGGCUUGGACACAGAUCAGAUAUUUCAACAAGCAUAUACAGCGAACCUGUGUGCAUGCUAAAUUGUAUGUUGAGAAAACAUACAGAAUAUCUUAUUGAGCAUAUGAGUUUGAGAGAUGCCCUGUCUCCAUCUAUCGCAAUAGCAAACCUUUUCAGACAAUGCAAAGUUGUUAGAAAGGUCUUGAUAAAGAAGCUUAGUGGUGAAGUUAUCCAGGAACUUGCAGCGAAAGAAUAUUGCACCCUUUUAACUUGCAUGUCAAGAUUAUAUAUUUCUAGUGCGUACAAUGAAGCAAGGCUCGUUUCAAAACAUAUUAACAAGCUACUAGAGGUUGAUGUGCCAUCACGUUUACUUGCAUUACAAUGUUUGAAGACCAUUUUGGUGCGGAAAGACAGAAAGCUUCUCUUGCCCGUUGUUGAUAGUGUCAUAAAUGAAGGGUUAUUGGAACAUAUUGUGCCACUUUUGUCUAUUUCCUGUAGACUAAAGUUGUACAGGAUUGAUGAAACAUUGAUCACUAGAGCUUUUUCAAAGGUUUACCUUUUGGCGGCCUCUGAGAGUAGGAUACAUGGUGAAAUUAGUAUCGCUGGUACAAACAAAGAAAUAGCCUAUGACGUAGAAAUGUUGACAGGCGAUACGUCCACAAAUCUUCCGAUGUUGGUCUCACCAGAGAGUCUUUCUGAAAUUACCAACUCUACAAACACGCCAAGCCUUGUAUAUACGGACAAAAUUUCGACACAAGCUAUGCGGAUUAAGAUGAAACUUGGCGACCUGAUUAUUCUUUUAGAGUCCUCAGUACAUGGUCCACUGGCAAUUCCCAUCAUCCACUCUCUAUACGCUUCCAUUUUCCCGUACAUAGAAAAUACCAGAGUAGGUAUGGACCAGGUUUCUCGCAUUUUGCACUGCAUGACGGAAAGUAGGGUUGUGAACAAAAAGCUUUAUGAUUCUCUUAUGGAGACAAUUUACAAUGAUCCAUCAAUGAUAAACGACUUGGAAUCUGCAGCAAAAAUUUUAAGGUCUGUAGAAUUUAUAAAUGAUGAAGAAUGGGUGGAAAAACUUUCAUUUCCACUCUUCCAGUACGUUGGUCAGGCGUUGGAUUCAGGUCAUGGUUACGCAGUUGGACCGGAAAGUCUUGAUGGAGGAAUGGGUACGAAUACCCAAAUGGGAUAUAUUAUGGAUGCUAAUUUGCAAGAAGUAUUACUGCUUCAAAAGUACAAGAGACCAGAAUUUUAUAGGGAAUAUACAAAGCAUAUAGAGCUUCCUAUUCCUAUAUCGAUUAGACCGACAACCGGGAAUUUGCAUAAUGCAGUUAGAAAAUGUUUGGGUGGAGAAUUUAAUGCAUUUCAUGAAUUGGAUGGUAUAAUUGUCGAUUUUUAUUCACCAGUUUUAAAUAUAGCGGUACAGAUUGUGAAGAGGGGAGAUUAUGGAGGUAAGCAUUUGUGUUAG